AUGGAGAGAGCGUCAGGAAGGUAUAGAGAAGUGGAUAGUCCUUUUAGGAUUCCUAAAUAUUGGUCCAUUUUUGUCAAUAACGUUAGUAAAAGGAUUCAUUCGUCAAGACUUAAGGAUGCGUUUCAAUCGUAUGGAGAAGUGAUUGAUGUGUUCAUAGCGUAUAGAAGCAAAAAAAGAUUAUCAGCAGGGUCUACAUUUGCUUUUGUUAGAUUUAGAAACAAGUUUGGAGCGAACACAGCGGUGCGUAGGGCUGAUGGUAGGAGGCCUUCUUUGAGGGAUUCCAGGUCUUAUAGGGAAGAUCUUGGAGGAGUGCAGGGAGAUGUUGGAGGAAUGCAGGGAGUUGAGGAUAAAUCAAAGGAGAAUGGUUCCAACUGA